UCAGAUUUAUGUGAAUUGAUUAGGCAGCAAGUUCACUGCUUUUUUGUUGGAGCUAAUUAAAUAUCUAGCAUUUGCAGUCAUCCAAUUAUGGAUUGUUGUUGCUUUUGGUAUGUGUUAAGUGCUUCCCCAGUAUUGGUUUUCUUGAGCUAUCUAAUUUUCAACAAAUUGUUUGCUCCUGGCCAAUCUCCAAAUCUUCUUGGGAAACAUGUCAUGGUAACCGGAGGUUCAAGUGGUAUUGGACUUGCUGUGGCCCAGGAAGUUGCUCGCUUGGGAGCUCAUGUGACUUUAGUAGCUCGGAACCAAGAGAAGUUGGUUGAAGCGCAGCAAACUGUUCAAGCUACUGCAAAUAAGGCCAAGGUGCUAAUCAGGCCAUUUGAUGUUUGCAGUGAUGGGGUGGAAGGGAUGGUUGCAGAUGCUGAGACAGCGCUGGGUCCUAUUUUCAUGCUUGUAAACUGUGCUGGAUACUCCACACCUGCUCGCUUUGAGGACCUCUCCAUGCAGGAAGUGAAGCGAAUGAUGGACGUUAACUUUUUUGGAACGUUCGCGGUGACGCAAGCUGUGGUGCGCCGCAUGAAGCAGCGAAGCGUCUCUGACAGCCGUGAGCGGCAGGGCAUCGUGGUGCUCACGUCGUCUCAGGGCGGCAUGCUUGGCAUCUAUGGCUUCACUGCUUAUGCUGCUGCUAAAGCUGCUCUCAUCAAAUUUGCCGAGGCGUUGCAUAUGGAGGUGCAGACAAGUGGGCUGAGUGUGACCGUGAGUGUUCCUCCGGACACAGACACCCCCGGCUUCGAGAAGGAGAACGUGUCCAAGCCCACCGAGACCAGACUGGUGUCCGAGACUGCCGGCCUCUUCUCUGCGGAAGUCGUUGCCAAGUCCCUGGUGCGUGACGCCCUCGCGGGAAGGUUCUACACAACUGUAGGCAUCGAAGGCUUCAUGCUCACGACUCUGUGUGCGGGCAUGGGACCCAUCACCUACUUCUGGGAUUUCUUUGCUCAGGUUUUCCUAACUGGAGUGUUCCGCUUCAUAUCAUCAUUCUUCCUGCUUAACUUCGACCACAUCGUCAGAAAAGAAUAUGCCAAGCGAAUGAACGAUAAAAAGCGAGAGUAGAGCGACAGACUGAUCAUUUUCGUUACUAACUUGCGUGACUAACUUGUUGUGAGGGAAACGGUGAACUUUUCGGUCAGCUUUGCAAAUCUAUAAUCAGGCGAAACUCAUUUUGGUUUGCUGUUGGUUCAUCCUCCAUUGGGAUUUAAACUUCAUAGCUUCGUCAUUCUAUUCUCUCAUCAUGAUUGUUAAAUUCACACAAGUUCAUCGCCACGAUGAAAGAUUGACACAUGCUCACAGUGAAAUUCAAAAAUUAGUUAUUUCAAGAUGGCAACACUGAGCAAGAAUUGCACAGAAUUAAAAACAAUAUAUUUUUAAUCUUGUCGUACUUGUCAUUUUAUUAUGCUAAACAACGCUUCUGAAUUUCCUCCGUGCCUUAACAUUUCGUUCCAUUGAUGUGUACGGUAUACAUACCUAGUAGUUGCAGGGAAAUUAAGUAAAAAUAUUUAUCAAAGUUUAUGAAACAAUUUUUAAAGUACUAUAUAUAACUUUGUUUUCAUGGCAACAAUAAAACAAGACUAUCGUGUUGGUGAUGGCUACAAGUUCUUGUUUCGUGGCUACUGGUCAUGGUAAGGAAAGUUAUUGUACAUUUUCAUAUGUUGGUUUUGUUAUGUCGUUCCAACGAACAAAUAUUGUUCAAUAUUUGUGUGAUUCUGUGUUGAGACUUGAGGUUCUAUCAGAAUGAUUGUUUGGGUGCAAAUAUUGUAAUUGAUGACAUUCAUCAAGCCUGCACUGCUAAAGACUAUUAUAUUGCCGCAUAAAUGUUUACGGGACUCAAUUAGACUUUAUUUAGACAUAUUUGGAUUCAUUAUCACGUCUUACACAUGACGUCAUUACGAAGUAGGUGGACAAAUAAGACGCACAUGAGGAUACAAGCAUUUAUUUCAUUCCAAGCUUCUGGGUCGCUGGUUGCUGUAGGUUUAAUCUAUUGUUUAAGGCUUCUGUUCAACGCGCGUACAAUCGUUACGAAGAACAACCAAGCCAAGAGGAGGUGCGACGCGUCAACUGCCACGAUCAGUCCUAUCUGUACUGUCACGACCAGUCGUGUCUGUACUGCCACGACCAGUCGUGUUUGUACAGCCACACGCCAUCAGUUGGUGCGACGUAUCAACAGAUAUUGUGAGUCGUGUACCACGUGGACAAUAAAAUUAUGACAUAUUCAUUUAUCUCGCCUUCGGUGACUUCCAUCUAUGAAAACGUACACAUAAUUUUUUGUUGUUCACCGACCACCGUUCUCUACUUUAAGCAUCACCAGGAUAUUUCUCAUGUCUCAUAUUACUAACUGCGAUUUUUAUCUUCAAGUUUACUCUUUUACUUCAA